AUGCCCGCGCGCGAGAGCGGCGAUGAAAACGCGUAUUUUCGCGCCGGGGACGUGAGUCUGGACGGACCGAUCCCGCCGCCGCCGCGAACGAGCGAUCUGAGGGAUGUGCUGCCGUAUCUUUUCGCGGUGUCGCUGUCGCGGAGGGGCACGGCUUGGCGGUUGUGCGCGGCUUUGACGUUUUUAGUGAUUCAGAAGAGCUUUGGAUUGGCGGUGCCGGUGCUUUUUAAGGUUGCGGUAGAUCAUUGUACGGCGGCGGCGGCGGCGACGGGGAUGGUGGCGACGGAAGCGGCCAAGGCGGCGGCGGCGGCGUUGUUGGUUUCGGGGUGCUUGAAGGCGAUUAGCGGCGUCGCCACGGAGCUGAGGACGGUGAUGUUUACCCCAGUGGCGCAAGCUUCGGGACGCAGGGUGGCGUUGGAGGUGUUUAAUCACGUGUUAAACUUAGAUUUGAGCUUUCACCUCGAGCGACGCACGGGGGCGCUGCAGAGAAUCAUCGAUCGCGGCACGCGGUCGGUGAGCAUGGUGUUUCGCGCCGUGGUGUUUACCUUUUUACCGACCGCGAUGGAGCUCGCGCUGGUGUGCGGGUUGCUUUGGCACGCGUUUUCUUGGCACUUUGUCGUCAUCGUCUUGACCACGUUCGUGGCGUACGUGUGGUGGACGAUGCACAUGACGGGCGUGAGCGCGGAGAAGAGAAAGUUGGCCAAUCACAUGGACGGUUUAUCCACCGGCAAGGCGGUGGACGCGCUGUUGAACUACGAAACGGUGACGUUCUUCGGGAACGUAGAGUUAGAAAGUCAGCAGUACGACAAACUCCUGCGCGGCUACCACGAAGCUGCGCUCGGAAGCGAGCGAGCGUCGAGUCUUUUGAACGCCGGGCAGGCGGUUAUUUUGGCAUGUGGGAUGACGACAAUUUUAUCGUGCGCGGCGUUGGGGCUGUGGAAAGUAGAUCCUGCGGGUGGAUUGGCGUCUCGUGUGGGUGACUUGGUCAUGGCAAACGGACUUUUACUUCAGCUUUGGGCGCCUCUGCAGUUUUUGGGUUUCUUCUAUCGAGAAUUGCGUCAGUCGCUCGUCGACAUGGAGGCAAUGUUCGACAUCAUGGCGACGGAAACGAAAAUCCCCGACGGUGAAAUCGCCUUGCCCGCGCACGCGGGCGGUGCAGAUCUCGAGCUAGAUAACGUGACGUUCCGAUACGGCAACGGUCGCGACGUUCUCAAAGGCGUCUCUUUGAAACUCAAGCCGGGUGAAUCCGUCGGCAUCGUCGGCCCGAGCGGCUCUGGGAAGAGCACCUUGCUCCGACUCAUUUUGCGCGUGUACGACGUAUCGAGCGGGAAAAUUUCCAUCGAUGGCUACGAUGUGCGUGACUUGAAGAUCGAUUCUCUUCGUGACUCCGUCGCCGUGGUCCCUCAAGAUACCGUGCUCUUCAACGACACGCUGGACCACAACAUUCGCUACGGCAGACCGACGGCGAAUGACGACGAGGUGGCCAUGGCGGCGACGCGCGCGCGCUUGAACAAGACGAUCGAACAGAUGCCCAAGGGGCGAGAAACAAUGGUUGGAGAGCGUGGUGUGAAGCUAAGCGGUGGCGAAAAGCAACGUGUGGCCAUCGCGCGCGCGUUUUUGCGCGAACCGCGCAUGCUAGUCGCCGAUGAAGCGACGAGCGCGUUGGACACCGCGACCGAACAAGGCAUCUUAGAGAGUCUCGAAGACGUGGCUCGCGGUCGUACUGCGGUUUUCGUCGCUCAUCGUCUUUCCACCGUUCGAUCUUGCGAUCGCAUCAUCGUCAUGGAACAAGGUAGAAUUGUCGAGGAAGGCACGCACGCCGAGUUGCUCGACGGUACGAGUCGCGGCACAAAGAUUGGCAUGUACGCCGCCAUGUGGAAGGCACAAGCACAGGAAGACGAGAAGGAACGUUCAAGCGUCGUGAAGCCCGACGACAUGGUUAUGGUUUGAAUCUCACCCGCUUUUCGCGAGUUAGUAUUUUAUUAGGAGCGCCGCGUUGAUUGUUUUGUCAUCGAAAGAAUUCAUAUUUAUUA